AUGUCUCCUAUCAGCUCUCGUCGCGCCAUCGCCGUCGCGCCACCCGCAAAACAAAAGACCCUGCCGCUUUCGAGGAUUGGAUCGGCUGAACAUUUUUGGGGCGGGAAGAGCGAAAUCUUGGAAUGGCCCGACCUUGCGACCCUGCUGUCUGACCUUCUAUCCUCCGCUCCUGCGUCCGCGCCAGAACCAUGGAACCAACUACCGCCGAUCUCUCAACCCCCACCACCUUCGUACAACGAAUCUGUUGCAGACCUACCUCCAGACUACACCUCCACCGAUGCGCUGGCCAUUGCGCAAAUACCUGAAUACUCUCCCUUCUCUUCCCUCGACGCUUUACUAUGCCUCACCGCUUCCACACGUCCGCGCACAAGCAAGAAGCGCCUACCUGGCUCUUCCGCCUUCCGCCUAGAUGUGAAAUCACCACACAUAGACAUUGAUUUUGGGCACUGCGAUACUGGCAUCAGGUCACACGCAAAGAAGAAGAACAGCAAGACUACAGCGAAGAAACCCACGGCCGCUCCCGUUGACGACGGGAAAAAGGACGAGGAACCUGCCGGUGGCGACAGCGGUGGUGAUCCACCUGCGGACGGUGGGGCUGCUGGUGGAGAUGGAGGCGAUGGAGACAAGGGCAAGAAGAAAUCGAAGAAGCAGAGAGAGGAAGAGGAGAGAUUGAAGAAGGAAGAAGAGGAGCGCCUCAAGAAAGAGGAAGAGGAACGUCUGCAGAAGGAGGAAGAGGAGCGCUUGCAGAAAGAGGAAGAGGAGCGUCUGGCAAGGGAGGCCGAAGAGGAGGCCGAGCGCAAGAAGAAGGAGGAAGAGGAUGCAGCCGCAGCUGCAGCUGCUGCCACCGCAACGACUAUUUCCGUGACAAAGGCGGCAGCUGACCUAAGCUGGGCGAAUCCGAGCCAGAACACGGAUGACUGGGCCUCGUUCGGUGCUGGCAAGAAGAAGAAGAGCAAAAAGGGGAAGACUGCCGAGGCCGCACCCCCGCCUCCUCCUGAACCACCAGCAGGGCCACCGACAACAUUCGACGACAUCAACCUUGACGAAGGAAGCGCACCGAAAAUUGACAUGAAUAAUAGUGAUACUAGCGCAACAAAAUCUGGAUUCGGACUUCCUGGACUAAGCAGUUGGGCUUCUGGUUGGGGCUCAUCAAACAAAUCAUCUGGCUGGGGCGGACUUCUUGACAGUGGAAAGAACUCUAGCGCAGACUCGGACAGCCCCUGGGGAUCCUUGGACAAGAAGAAGAAAAAGGACUCAAACGGAUUCGACUUCGACUUUGGUGGUCUGAAAGCUUCCGCUCCCGCCGAAGAGAAACCCGCCGAGGACGAUGGCUGGGGCAUUGACUCAGGCGCAAAGUCUAAGAAAAAGACCAAGAAAGGGAUCUUGAUCGACGAGACCGUGCCUGAGGAGCCAGCUCCAGAACCUGUCAAGGAGGAUGAUCCAUGGGGUGGUGGAUGGGAUGGAGCUGCUGCCGGAGUGAAGAAGAAGAAAGGUAAGAAAGGAGCAAAGGAUGAGCUGCCACCGCCCCCUCCCCCAGAGCCAGAACCAGAACCAGAGCCUGCUCCAGCUGAACCUGAGCCGGAGCCUCCGAAGCCAGAAGUGCCUGCUGUUGAUCCAUAUGCCGGCCUCAGCAAGUCUCAGGCGAAAAAGCUCAAGAUCAAGCUUGACAAAGAGGCUAAAGAGGCCAAACUGAAGGAGGAGGAGGAAGCGGCUCAGCGGGUCAAAGACGAGGAAGAGGCUGCUGAGCUCCAGCGCCAAGAAGAAGAGGAAGCAGAGCAGAGACGGAUAGAAGAGGAAGAGGCCGAGUUGAAGAGGAUGGAGGAAGAAGCCGAAGCCGCAGCCGCAGCCGCAGCCGCAGCCGAGGCCGAGAAGAAGAAGAAUGAGGAGUCUUGGGGUGAUUGGGGUGCCACAGCACCAACCACAAAGAAGAAGAAGAAGGGCAAGAAAGGAGCAGAGGAAGAGCUCCCGCCGCCUCCACCUCCGCCACCUGGGCCCGAAUUCUUGGAACCCCCACCUGCGGACGCGAAGCCUGCCGAUGGCUGGGAUGAUUGGGGUUCAGCCGCACCUGUAGUCAAAAAGGUCAAAAAAGGUAAGAAGGGUGCUGCUGUCAUCAUCGAAGAGCCUCCGCCAGCGGAGCCUGAGCCUAUCCCGGAACCCGAGCCAGCUCCACCACCAGAAGAAGAGAGAGGUUCCGAUUGGGGCCUGAGCUCGAUAUGGGGUGCAUCAAAGAAAAAGAAGAAGAGCAGCAAAUCAGUCGAACUACAAGCACUUCCAGAACCUGAGCCAGUUGAAGAAGCACCGCCCAUUCAGGAACCCGAAGACGUCGAGGAACCUGAGGACAAUGAAGAUGACUGGGGUGCGCCAUCUUGGAGCAAGAGAAAGAAGAAGGAUCCCAAGAAGGAUGUCCCUGUCGAGGUACUUGAGGACACUACGACACCUGUUCAAAAGCCUGACGAAGAAGAUCCCUGGGGAAGCGCUGCAUUCAAUAUUGGCAAGAAGACCAAGAAGGGCAAAAAGGGUCUUAUACCGCCGAAUGUGCCAACACCCCCAGGAGGGUUUGAGCCCGAGCUUCCGCCGCUUAAGACGAUCGAAGCGCCUCCACCCGCAGAGGAAGAAGAUAUCUGGGGAGAUCUCACCACUACCACCUCUAAGAAGAAGAAGAAAAAGGGCGAAGUUGUGGAAGUUGCCCCGACUGAUACCUUUGAGGAUCUCAUCUCGCUCGAUGAUCCACCGCCUGCCGAGGAGCCUGUAGUGGAAGAGGCACCAGUGGAGGAGAAGAAGAAGAGCAAGAAGGACAAGGAAAGCAAGUCCAGCAGCAUGUGGGGCUCUCUGGGUGCUUCAACUAAGCCGCCUAAGAAGGAAACUACUCUCGAAAAACGAGCUCGCGAAAAACGCGAAAAGAAAGAACGCGAGGAGCAGGAACGAUUAGAAAGGGAGGCGGCUGAGAAAGAGGAGGAGGAGCGUCUUGCACGAGAAGCCGAAGAAGCAGACGAAGAAGCAGCUCGAAUCGCAGCAGAAGAGGAGGAAGCAGAGGCUGCACCUCGAAUCGCAGCAGAGCAAGCCGAAGCAGCACGUAUAGCGGCAGAGGAGGAAGAGAGGAGAAGAAGGAAGAAGCAAGAGGAGGAAUCUGCAGGAUCGAAGCUUGUUGGGUGGGGCGCUAGUAUCUGGGGAUCCUCGAAGAAGAAGGAGAGCACAAAAGAGCGAAGGGCCCGGGAAAAGAAAGAGGAGCAAGAGCGUCUAGAGAAAGAGGCUGCUGAGCAAGCAGAGAGGGAACGCCUUGAACGCGAGGAACAAGAACGUCUUGAGGCUGAAGAAGCCGCGCGUGUUGCUGCUGCCGAGGAGGAGGCACGAUUGGAACGCGAAGCUGCUGAGGCGGCUGAGAGGGCUCAAAGGGAAGCUGAGGAAGCUGCAGCCAGGGCCAGAGAGGAAGCAGAGCAGAAUUCUGGUUGGGGUCUAUUCGGACUAUCCAAGAAGAAGGAGACUAGCAAACAGAGGCGCGAGCGCGAGGCUAGAGAAAAGGCAGCACUUGAAGAACAAGAAAGGCUGGAGAACGAAGCGAGAGAAGCCGCUGAAGCUGCUGAAGCUGCCGAAGCUGCCGAAGCUGCCGAAGCUGCCGAGAAAGCCCGACUGGAGGCAGAGGAAGCUGAAGCUGAAGCUGCUCGUCUUGCUGCUGAGCAAGAAGUCGUUCCUGAGCCUGAGCCCGUGGUUGUCUCUUCUAAGGAAAAGAAGAAGAAAAAGAAGAGAGGUGUUGUCGAGGAAGCCCCUCCUCCACCUCCACCUCCUCCGCCACCCCCUGAAGAACCUGCAGAACCUGCAAACGACGAUGAGUUGUUUGACCUCGUUAAAGAUGCUGACCCGAACGAACUUUUGGCUGAGCUUGAGAAGCCUACCAGAAGGGAACAAAAGGCAGCAGCAGGUGGUUGGGGCAGCGCUUGGGGUAUCUCCCUUCGCAGAAGCGUGAUCGAUCCUAUCACGGAUAUGCCUGUGAAACACGAGCCGGAACCCGAACCAGAACAGGAGCCAGAACCAGAGCCAGAGCCAGAGCCAGAGCCAGUUGUGGAAGAGCCAGAGCCAGAACCAGAACCAGAACCAGAACCUGUGAUCGUUGAAGAGGCACCUCCAAAGAAGCUGUCCAAGGAAGAACGAAGACUACUGAAAAAGUCCAAGAAAAGUAGACAUGCUGUGCCAGAACCGGAACCGGUGCCAGAGCCUAUACCUGAAGAACCAGAGCCGGAGCCGGAGCCGGAGCCUGAACCUCCAGCGGUCGAGGUUAUUGAGGUGCCUCCAAAAAAAUUGUCCAAGGAGGAGAGAAAACUUCUUAAGAAGUCCAAACGGUCCAAGAUGGAGGAAGCCCCUUUGAUCAUCCCUGAACCCGAACCUGAGCCUAUCGAAGUACCUGAGGAAAGGUCGCCUGCACCAGGCGCAUUCCCUGACGAUGACGGAGACUUCAUGGAAUUUGUCGAUGCGCCGCCACCUCCAGAGCCUGAGGAACCCGAACCCGAGCCUGAACCUGAACCUGAGCCCGAACCCGAGCCUGUGCAUGUACCUCUUGUCCUGCAGGAGCUCAAGAAGCUUAAGAAGUCCAAGAAGAGUAGCAAAUCGAGAGGGUGGUCCAUCGACGAAACUCCUCCACCUCCUCCACCGCCACCAGUUCUGGAGGAGCCUGAGCCCGAGCCCGAGCCAGAGCCAGAGCCCGAGCCGAUUGUUGAAGAGGAGCCGGAACCUGAGCCUGAGCCGGAACCGGAACCUGAACCUGUUGUUGUGGUCUCUGAAAGAAAACACAAAAAGUCCAAGAAGAGCAGCAGGACCAAGGCACCACCACCUCCGCCAGAACCAGAACCAGAACCUGAACCUGAACCUGAACCUGAACCUGAACCUGAACCUGAACCUGAACCUGAACCUGAACUGGAGCCAGAGCCAGAGCCAGAACCCGAAAUUGAAGAAGUGCCCGAGGACCCAGAGAUAAUCGACCAUGAAGACGCCGCUUCAGCAGAUGAAGAUGAUGCGCCUGCCAAACUCCCAACUCCUCCUCCAGAGCCAUUACCUGAACCCAAGGCAAAUUCUCCCAAGAAGGAGCGCAACAGAGUCCGUAGUGGAACUACCUCUGGCGGUUGGGGUGGUAUGUUCGGAGCUUCCAAGUCAAAGAACAAGACAAGAUCUGGUGGUGAGGAUGGUGCCACCAGGCCUGAAGCGACACGUACAAAAUCACACCGGCGAACAUCAGAAUCCAGAGACAACGAUAUCAAAUCACGAUCCUCCGGGUCUGACAAGGCGCAUGCAGCCAGGCCAACAGUGUCACGUUCCAAGACUGCCCGGGUUUCUACAGGCCUCGGUGGCAUGUUUGGCGUUGCGCCGCCCCCACCAUCACGCUCCAAGUCACAUCGCACCUCAGGCAUGAAAACAUCGUCACGCCGACCUUCUGUCGACCAGGACGCUGCCAUGAUGUCACCACCACAGACCGAUACUGAUGCGAAGAUGUCUUCCAAGGCCGCUCGGCUUAUGGGCGAGCAGGGUUCGUCCCGCAGGGCCAGUAAUAGGGAUUCUAGAGACAAGGGCAGAAGUCGAGGUAAGCCGCUCCCCGCUAAUCACAGUGCAUCUCUCAUUGGCCGGCCUGACCCAUAUCCUUUGGACGAUGAGAACGAAGUUGAUGAUGAAUCCCCUCCCCCGGCUUCCCGACCAGAGUAUCCACGUCGCAAAUCUAAGCGUGAUUCGGCACAGCCACUCGAACCCAUGAGUGCAUCGCCUAGCGCAGACGACCCUAUCGUUGUUGACCCAAUGGAGGCGGACCCUGUACCAGUCGAGGCUGAGCGGCCCCGUCGUGAACGGGACCGUGAGCGGGACCGUGAGCGACCUCGUCGCGCGCGAGGCAACUCAGAUGCUAUCAACACACUUGCCGGUGUCGCAGGCACUGCUGCUGCUGUGAAAGGCUUCAAGGGUAUGUUUGGACUCGGGCGCAAGAAGGCAGCGGCGCCGGAAGAGGCACCUCGCGAACGCCGCCGCACCGCCUACGAGACCGAAGAUGAGCGCAGACAUCGCAAAAGAUCCACAACACGCGGCGCAGUUACUGAUGAUGAAGCCAAACGACUGCGACACGAGCGCCGCAGUUUGCGCAAUCCUCGCGCCCAGGACCCUGAAGAAGUUAUGAUGUCUGGUGCUAAUGGCGGCGGCAACGGCAGCGCUGAUUACGAUGCCGAACGAGAGGCAAGACGAGCUGAGCGUAGGGCGAAACGCGAUGCAGAGAAAGAAUCUCGUCGUGCCGAACUCGAAGAAGCAGAGGCUAAGGCUGAGAGGCGCCGUGAGCGCGAGCGUGAAAACGAGCGUGCGACACUUGCAGAGAAGAAGGCUCGGCAAAUGGCCGAGUUGGAACGUCGCAACAAGGAAGCAGAGGAACAACUGCGUCGCAUGGCAGAGAAGGAAGAACGGCGAAAGGCACGAGGUGACCGUAAGCCGACUGAUGAGCGGGAUCGCGAGAAGCGUUCAUCACGUCGCAAAGACAAGACCCGCGAAGAAGAGCGUCCAAAGGCCGAACGUCGGCGGACAUACAUAGACGAGGACGAGGAACGUCGCCGUCGUCACGAAGAACGCCGUGCUGCCAGGCGUCACUCCGAAUACCCGGUACAAGCUAGUGGGGAGCCCAUUACUGACUACUUUGACGAGCGCAACGGCGUCGCCAACCGAACCAAGCACCGCAGUUCUCGUCAGGCACGGGAAGAAGAAAACAUGCCAUACAUGAACAACAAGAGCGGUGACAAAACAUCGUCAUGGGUCGAAUCUCUAUCCAACGAGCCACCACUACCUCCCCCUAUCUCCGAGACCGUACUCGACCCCGCGCCCGGCGCCAACGACGAUGACGACGACGAAGAAACCCAAUCCCAAGACGAAGACAUUCGCCUGCGCAUCGCAGGCCGCCGCGGACCCAAGCGCGACAAGGAGCGUGCCGAGCGUCGUAAAGCCGAAGAAAAAGAACGCGACCGCGACCGCGCAUACAAGCACAGCCGUCGUGCAAGCAACUACGAGACUAUGAAGCCCAUGGAUGAUGAACGCGAUCGCAAGAGGAACGCUAGACGCACCAGCUAUGCACCUGCAUACGAAGAGCCGCCUGUUAGGACGUGGGAUGGUAGGCCCACGGUAGAGGGCGGGGCACCAGCGCCGGCCGUCAAGAGGGGAAGCUGGUUCAAGAAGAUUGCUGGUUUCUAA